CCAUGAGGAAUCUCCUUGGGAAAGACAUCUUUAAAUUCCUGCAAUAAGGGUUAAACACUAGGAGAAACAUAAAUAGUUAACUGAUUAGAAUUAUCACUUAAUCUCUUAAUGGUUUGUACGAGUCAACUUUGCAUCGAGUGAUAAACAACAACUCAAAAAUAUAGAGUCAGAGUAGUAUACUUUUACGAGGUUAGUCACAUUUUACAUUUUAUGUGUAUCAUCCUUUUCUCUUGUUUGUUUGGUUGACACUCAAUUAAAUAUUACCAAAUCAUUUCAUUUCACAAUUAUAUUUUCUUAAUUCUUGAUGUUUCUUAAUGGAGAUUUAUUGUUGGUAGUUUGUAUCAAUGGAGAUUCUUGAGAACCAAAGGUGGAUGUAUCAGAGUUUGGAUACUAAUAAAUGUUGGACAAAUGAGUUUAGAGAAUGAGUGUUUGAGUUCGUACAGUUUGUUACUAGUCAGGACAUGUUUCAAAUGCAAGGUGAACAAACAAGGUGUCUAAGCAAGAAAUGCAAAUGUAAAGUUUUCAAGUUAGUGGAUGAUGUGAUGAGGGAUGUUUAUGAGGAAGGGUUCAUGCCUAAUUAUUAUUGGUGGACAAACCACAGUGAGGAGUUACCACAAUUUCCUCCAGUAGUGUUGCAAGGUUCAUACUAUGGAAGUGGUGGGCGAAGGGAAGAAUUGAAUCCUUAUGAGCAAAUGAUUAGGGAUCAUGCUGGACCAUCAAUUGGGAAAUACAUAGAAAAAGAGGGUGUAAUUAAGACAGAAUGCAUGGAGGAAAAUCCUAAUCCUGAAGCUCAAAAUUUCUUUGAUAUGCUGGCAACUGCGCAAGCAUCAUUUUCGGAAGGAUGCGAGCAUCAUUCAAAAUUGUCAGCUUCUUUGGCCUGUCUUAGCUUGAAAUCUGAUUAUAAUAUGCCAGAAGGGUGUUUUAAUUGUAUGGUUCAACUUAUGGGCAACACCAUGCCAAAAAAAAUAUUAUGGUGGGUAAUUUUUAUCAAGCUAAGAGGUCGGUGCAGAAAUUAGGUCUCGAUUGUUUGAAAAUUGAUUGUUUCCCAAACGUAUGCAUGUUGUAUUACAAAUAAAAUUUAGAUAAGAGUAUAACUAAUUGCUUUUUUUGUAAAAGUGAUCGGUACUUGACAGUCAAUAGGAGAGGGAUAGAAAAAAAGUUUCCUAUUAAAAAAAUGUGGUACUUUCUACUCAUUCCAAGACUAAAAAUAUUGUACUCUUCAAUGACCAUUGCAUCUCACAUGAGAUGGCAUAGUGAGAAUCAGAGGGACCCGAAUAUCAUGUGUCAUCCAUCUGAUGGUGAAGCAUGGAAGCAUUUUGAUAGAAUGCAUCCAGAAUUUAGUCAGGACCCUAGGAAUGUCAGAUUAGGGUUAUGUUCAGAUGGAUUUAGUCCUUUUGGUCAAUUUGGCAAGACUUACUCUUGUUGGCCGAUUAUCUUAACUCCAUAUAAUCUUCCUCCUGGCAUGUCCAUGAAGAAAGAAUUUAUGUUUUUAAUUGUCUUAAUUCCAGGUCCAUCAGAUCCAAGGCACAAGAUUGAUGUGUACUUGCAACCACUUAUAGAUGACUUAUGCACUUUGUGGAAUGAUGGCAUACCAACUUUUGAUGUGUCAUUGAGGCAAAAUUUUUUUAUGAAGGCUACUUUGAUGUGGACAAUCAAUGACUUCUCGUCUUAUGGGAUGUUGUCAGGUUGGACAACUGCUAGCAAACUUGGUUGUCCCAUAUGUAUGGAACGAUCGAAGGCAUUCACAACUUUAAAUUUUUUCACGGUUUCUACACUCCCUUUAAAAUAAAGUCAAGAAUAAGGCUAGAGUCGAGGGAUCGAUUUGUGAAGCGUACAUAGUGGAGGAGACAUCUACCUUUGCCUCGUUUUACUAUCCUGAUCAAAUUACAACAAGAAGGACUAGGAUGCCUCAUAAUGUUAAUGCGGAUGAAGGUUCUUCAUCUUCUCCUCCUAUAUCAAUUUUCAAUUACCUAGGAAGAGCAUGUGGUAAAUCCAAAACAUAUUUUUUGGAUCAAGUUGAUCUUUAAGUUGCUCACUUGUACGUUUUUCAAAAUUUUCUAGAGGUUGAGCCAUAUUGAGAGUAAGAUUAUUUUAAUACUUGUAUAACUCUAAUUAAUAAUUUAAUGAUGUUAUGUUGUGUACUUUAACCUUGUGUUUGGAUUAGGAAUUUCAAAAUUUCUAGGAAUUUGAAAUGCCUAGAAUUUAAUUUCCUUCAUUUUUUAAAUGCUUUGUUUGGAUAAAUCAAUUCAAAUUUCUUCCAUUUUAAAUUCUUUGUU